UAGAAGUUAUAUUAUAGAUCACAACAAUGGUUGCUCAUCCUCCUCAGUAUCUUUCUUCACUUUCUUGUGAACUAAGAAUCAUAAAAGCCAAAAACAUUGAGUUCAAUAAGUCCAUCAGCAAAGGUGGACUCUUUGUUAGAUACUAUCUCUCUGCAGGCAACAACAAGAGAAUUCAACUAAACACAAAAGAGAUCUCACCAAGCUCUGGUAAUCUCAUCUGGAAUGAGUCCUUCUCAUUGGAGUGUUUAGGAAGUGAAGACUCCAUCUCCAACUUGAAGCAACAAAGUGUAGUUUUUGAGCUGAGGUGGAGAAGGACAACCCCAUCAUUUCUUGGGAAAAAAUGCAAGUCACAACUCUUGGGAAGAGCUGAAAUUUCAUGGGAAAAAGUCCUUGAAUCACCAAAAAUGGAGAUAGAAAACUGGGUUGUGAUGCCUUCAAAGCAAAGUAAUAAUACUAGGGUUUAUAACGAAGAUGUUAAGCCUCCUUCUGUGCAAGUAGCCAUGAAAGUUGAAGUUCCAAAGCUGGUGGAGAUGAAAAGAAAUGAGAGGUUGAAGAAGAGAGGUCAUCAUGAAGAGUGUGGAUGUGGAGAUGGUGGGGCAUUUCAUUGUGUAGAUUAUGAAUUAUUUGCUCUAGUGGGUGCUUUGGAAGCACUUUAAUUAAUUAGCUAAGCACUAAGUUAGAUUAUGGUUGGUGUUGAUUCAUUAUUAGCAACUUUUUUAGUUUGUUAUCUAUGAGAGUAGUGUAUAUAUAGAAGGUGACUAAGAUGAAACUUC